AGUGUGGGACCGGCGUCGCGACGGGCUGGAGAGCAGAGGACGGCGGCGGUGCAGCGACGACAGGGGCGGCUUCACCAGCCCAACAACCACCAACAACCCCCCUUCCUCCCUCCAGCACAGACCUUUAUGGUACCCCCGGCUGUGACACCCUGCGACACCCUUUAACCGGCCAGACAAUACCGCCCACUAACGAAAUAAGGAUCUACAAACUUCCCGAAAAUGGACUAUGAUUUCAAGAUGAAGCUGACGACGGAGCGGGAGCGAGUGGAGGACCUGUUUGAGUACGAGGGCUGCAAAGUUGGACGAGGCACCUACGGUCACGUCUACAAAGCCAAGCGGAAAGACGGGAAAGAUGACAAAGACUACGCAUUAAAACAAAUAGAGGGUACUGGAAUUUCUAUGUCUGCUUGCAGAGAAAUAGCAUUACUGCGGGAGUUGAAACAUCCAAAUGUCAUUGCUCUUCAGAAAGUAUUUUUGUCACAUGCAGACAGGAAAGUGUGGCUUUUAUUUGACUACGCUGAACAUGACCUCUGGCACAUAAUCAAAUUUCACAGAGCUUCUAAAGCAAACAAGAAACCAGUUCAAUUACCUCGAGGGAUGGUGAAGUCCCUAUUAUAUCAGAUUCUAGAUGGCAUUCACUACCUGCAUGCUAACUGGGUGUUACACAGAGAUCUGAAACCUGCAAACAUUUUAGUUAUGGGUGAAGGUCCAGAACGAGGGAGAGUCAAAAUAGCGGACAUGGGUUUUGCUCGAUUGUUUAAUUCGCCCCUGAAGCCUUUAGCUGACUUGGAUCCGGUAGUAGUAACAUUUUGGUACCGUGCACCAGAGUUGUUACUUGGUGCAAGGCAUUAUACUAAAGCCAUAGACAUUUGGGCUAUAGGUUGUAUAUUUGCUGAGCUAUUAACAUCUGAGCCUAUUUUCCAUUGUCGUCAAGAGGAUAUUAAGACUAGUAAUCCUUAUCAUCAUGACCAAUUGGAUAGAAUAUUCAAUGUAAUGGGAUUUCCAGCAGAUAAAGAUUGGGAAGAUAUUAAAAAGAUGCCAGAACAUUCAACAUUGAUGAAAGAUUUCAGAAGAAAUACUUAUACAAACUGCAGCCUUAUAAAGUAUAUGGAGAAACAUAAAGUAAAGCCGGAUAGCAAAGCUUUUCAUUUGCUUCAGAAGUUACUCACAAUGGACCCAACCAAGAGAAUUACCUCAGAACAGGCUAUGCAAGACCCCUACUUCCUUGAAGACCCACUCCCAACAUCAGAUGUUUUUGCUGGUUGUCAGAUUCCCUAUCCAAAAAGAGAAUUUCUUACAGAAGAUGAACCUGAUGACAAAGGAGAAAAGAAGAACCAACAGCAGCAACAAGGCAAUAAUCACACUAAUGGAGGCGGCCACCCAGGGAACCAAGACAAUAGUCACACGCAGGGACCCCCUCUCAAGAAAGUCCGUGUCGUCCCUCCUACCACUACCUCAGGUGGGCUGAUCAUGACCUCAGAUUACCAGCGAUCAAAUCCACAUGCUGCCUAUCAGAAUCCUGGACCAAGCACAUCACAACCACAGAGCAGUAUAGGAUACUCAACUACCUCCCAGCAGCCGCCACAGUACUCACACCAGGCGCACCGGUACUGAGCUGUAGUAUUUCCAAGCUCAUUGCCCUCACUGAGGCUAUAGUCUGGACAUACAGCUGGCAGCCUGGGUCUGGCUCAGAUCCCAAGAAUGUACUGUAUCAACCACAUUAGCCAACUCCUCUUGUUUCCACAGGCGGAGGGAGCGGUGUCUGUGAUGGAAAGGACUUGGGGUAGACUUGAAAAAGAAUCUCUAGCACAGUUUGUGUUUAUCGACAUGCUGCUUCCAUAGUUUACUUGACCUGCUUUUUAAGACCAAUUUUUAUUUUUCCUUUAUGGUUACAAAUUGUAGCAGUUGAAGCCGUGAAUGUACAAUGAUUUCUAUCUUUGGGCGGUGAAUAUUCUUGCUGUUUAUCAAUGAACUACCAUAGCAAGAAAAUGUCUUCUAAACUGGUACUUGAAGAACAGUUAUGUUUGAUGGUCAAGGCAUUCAUGAUGCAGAAUAUACUUUAUUUGGUACAGAUUUCACAUUUAAUUGUAUGUUGCAGUUGGUUACUUCAUGUUUAUCAGUGUUUUAUCUUUAAUGUCUUUGCAGUACAAAACUUCACAAUAUGUAAAGCAUAAUUUAUCAAUUGAUUGUAACUUCGAAAAGACUCCCACCUAUUUCUGAACUUUGCAGUGACCUUCACCCAACUCAACCCCAAUAGUUACAAACGGACUUGACUUAAAACGAAUGCUACCUUUAAUUUUACCAAUAGUAGAUGAACUGUACUGAGUAUUGCAUCUGUGAUGUUCAUCCAGACCUUCAAGGGACAAUUACUUUGGACAGUGUUCAUUUUCUUUUCUACACGUGUUGCUGACUUGUGGGCAAACAAAACCGCAUGCGUUGUCUCCACGUUUUCAACAUCAGCUCGGAUAUUUUGUCAUGAAUUCAUAAAGCUGGGAUUGUGUAGUGAAUUUCCUUUUUGUUCGAUCAUAUUUUUCAUGAAAAAUGUACAUGCUUUUACUGAGUGCCCUUAAGAUGAGUGUCAGAUGUAGAAGAGCCUUAGAAUUCAUUUACAAAUGUAACAAUUGUAUUGUCUCAUUUUACAUGAAUGAAGCAAGUAUUCUGAAAAUAAAUUUUGAACAUUAUAGUAGUAACUUUACUACUAAAAUUUUA